CCGAAGGCGCGCUGGGGGCGGGGCCGUCGCUCGCGGCGCCCUUGGGUUGGCUGGCGGGGUGCGGACCCGCACUUUCGCUUGUGGCCGACUGGUGAGCGAAGGCGUGGAGGUGGGCUAGCGGCCGAUGCGAGGCCAAUUUGGGUAAGAAAUGUUCUUUUGGGGCCAGAGUCUGGGUACAUAGGAAUGCAAAUCCUCACCCAUUCACAAAUAAACCCAGGAAUCCACUAAGAGGAUCACUUCUCUGUACAGAAUGAGCACAUGUUGUUGGUGUACACCGGGUGGUGUUUCCACCAUUGAGUUCCUAAAGCUCUAUGCGUCCAGGACCCAGCCCAGUGAAUUUCAAACAGCUGAUGAAGACCUCUGCUACUGCUUGGAGUGUGUGACUGAAUACCACAAAGCGAGGGAUGAAUUGCCAUUUUUACAUGAGGUUUUAUGGGAAUUAGAAACCUUACGUCUCAUAAAUCACUUUGAAAAAUCCAUGAAGGCAGAAAUUGAAGAUGAUGAUGAAUUAUACAUAGUAGACAUCAAUGGAGAGGAGCCGCUGUUUGACAUGACUGGCCAAGACUUUGAAAAUAAACUUCGAGUUCCUCUGCUUGAAAUGCUGAAAUACCCUUAUCUGCUUUUACAUGAGCGUGUUAAUGAGUUGUGUGUUGAAGCCCUUUGUCGGAUGGAACAGGCCAAUUGCUCCUUCCAGGUGUUUGAGAAACAUCCCGGGGUCUAUUUGUUUCUGGUCCAUCCCAAUGAAAUGGUUCGGCGUUGGGCUAUCUUGACCGCAAAAGGCUUGGGAAAAGUGGACAGAGAUGAUUAUUAUGACUUACAGGAGGUUUUGACUUGCCUUUUCAAAGUCAUUGAGUUGGGACUUUUAGAAAGUCCAGACAUUUAUACUUCUUCUGUCCUUGAGAAGGGUAAACUGAUUCUUCUGCCCUCACACAUGUAUGAUGCUACGAACUACAAAAACUAUUGGUUAGGUAUUUGCAUGUUGCUUACCAUUCUUGAAGAGCAAGCCAUGGAAUCCCUGCUGUUGGGCUCAGACAAAGAGAAUGAUUUUAUGCAGUCAAUCCUUCACACCAUGGAGAAGCAGUCGGAUGAUGAGAGGGGGGAUCCUUUCUGGCCAGCGUUACACUGUUUCAUGGUGAUUCUGGAUCGCCUUGGAUCUAAGGUCUGGGGUCAACUUAUUGAUCCUUUUGAGGCAUUUCUAACCAUUAUCAACAACGUGAGCUACAACAGAGAGAUCCAGAAUAUACGGAAAAGCUCUGUAAGGACCAAGUUAGAACCGGAGUCCUAUCUGGAUGAUAUGGUGACUUGCAGCCAGAUUGUAUACAAUUAUAAUCCUGAAAAGACCAAAAAGGAUUCAGGGUGGAGAUCAGCCGUUUGCCCUGACUAUUGUCCUAACAUGUAUGAAGAAAUGGAAACGUUAGCCAGUGUGCUUCAGUCAGAUAUUGGUCAAGACAUGCGUGUUCAUAAUAGCACGUUUCUGUGGUUCAUCCCUUUCGUGCAGUCCCUCAUGGACCUUAAGGACUUGGGCGUGCCUUACAUAGUAGAGGUCAUCCAUCAUCUGCACUCCGAGGUCAAAGUUGUUCUCAAUGAGGAAGUAGUCGUGUGUGACAAAGUCACCGAAUUCUUUUUUCUAAUUUUGGUGUCAGUGAUUGAACUCCACAGAAAUAAAAAAUGUUUGCAUCUGCUGUGGGUUAGCUCCCAGAAGUGGGUGGAAGCUGUGGUUAAAUGCGCCAAGCUUCCGACCAGCGCCUUUGCACGUAGCUCUGAGAAGUCGUCCAGUAGUGGCUCCAAAGGAACACCGAUGGUGUCCUCUGUGUCGCUGCACUCGAUGCCAUCAAAUUCUGUACAGCUUGCCUGUGUGCAGCUGAUUCGAAGUCUCCUUAAAGAAGGUUAUCAGCUUGGGCAGCAGACUCUUUGUAAGCAAUUCUGGGAUAAGCUCAACUUAUUCCUGCGAGGAAAUUUAUCUCUGGGUUGGCAGCUGACUAGUCAGGAAACCCAAGAGUUACAAACUUGUUUAACACAAAUUAUUAAAAACAUAAAAUUCAAAGUUCCGCAGUGUAACGCUUUUGUGGAUCUGACUCUGUGCAAACCCGCUCCUGCAUGUAGUUGUAAAGAAGAAAGUGAACACAUUGGGAAGAAGUGUAAAAACGUGUACUGUUUGGAAAGUUCUAGCUCAACAUUAUCUAAGGAACCAGUGAAAGCUGAUGCAUGUCAAGUGCAAGAGAGUGGGUCGAGCAAAGCAAGUAAUACUGUGAAAGAGAAUAAUGAGCAAAAUUACAUAGAAGAUUCAAAGCUAGAAGACCAUCUCUCAGCUGAGUCACGCUUAAAGCAGAGUAGUAAAAACCUUUUCACUGAAGGAUCUCAUGAUCAAGUUAAAAGACAUACAGUGAAGCAGAAGUCUGUAAAUAACAAUUCCUCAUAUACACCACAGAACUGUCCUUUAAGAAAUGGUCCAGAAAGGAGAUGUGACAGAGGAAGAGGAAUGAUAAUGUCACCAUGUUUGUUGACUGAUUCUAGCACUGAUUCUCUGGAAAAGGUGUCCACAUCAAAUGAGGAUUUCUCUUCAAAGAAUGAUAUUGGUGAAACCUCAAAAGCAAAAUCUGAGGCCCAGAAAGGUGAAAUCUGUGCUAAGUUAUCACAUGUAAUACAGCAAUACAGGAAAAGUAUUUCGGUUGAUAAUGCUGUGAAAUCAGAGGGAAACCUGACUGUAUCUGACAUGGAGAAUUUCUCUUCCAGGAAAACUACAGGAGGUCAGGAAGGGGAUAGCUUCCUCCACAAUCUCUCUUUAGACCGUAAUGGUAUUCUGGAUAAUAAAAAUGGAGAACAAAAGUCUCAUAACAGUUUGUUGCUGAAAAAGAAACAAGUGAAGAAUGAAGAGUUAGAUGUUUUCUCUUCCCAUGAAAACGAUUGCCAAAUACAGGAAUGUCAUACUGAUAAAGAUUUGAUCUCAUUUACAGAAAUGACCAGUACUUUCGUGCAUGAGGCAUCUCCUUUUAAAGAUCCUGUGACUGUACUUGAAUCAAGAGAGAAGGAAAUGAGCAAGAGUACCGAUCGCGUUUCUUCUAAGUCGAGAGAGCAGACCCUUAGCAGCUGUCCCAAGUCUGAUACCUUAACAGAUUCCUUGAUAGACCUCCACAAAUUAUCUUUAGUAGCUCAAGCCAGUGUUAGUAAGUUUCCGUCAGAUUCACCUGAAAAACACUCAUCCCAGCUACAAAAAAAAGUAAAAGACAAAAGAAGUUUCACAGCCAACCGAAAGAAUGUCAGAGAAACCUGCCACGGACAAAUUAUUAUUAUUUCAGAUUCUGAUGAUGAUGGUGAUGAUGAAAGAAUUCUUGAUGUUGAGAAACACAUUAAACAAGAUAAAAUAUGCAUUAAGGAAGAAUGUCCACAGCAGCAUACUUCAAUAGCUAAUAUGAAUGUGGAUAGGAAACUAAUAAAGAAAGAAAAGACAAAUUCUCCUUCACCAUUUGAGGAAUGUGAUUCUCAGGUUUUUGAGUUUGAAAGCCAACAGGAUGUGUUUUCAGUGUGGCAAGAUCAGAAACCAGACAAUAAGAAUUCAGUGCAAGAGGAUGGAAAAAACUCAUGGUUGACCCAUAUGGCUGAUAUUACAAAUGAUUGGGGUUAUGACACAGAUUAUCCUAUGUCUGAAGAAGUUACUACAGAAGGACCAGAGGGUGUUGAAGAACAUGCAGGACCACAGAGCAGUCGGAUGUCUGUUGAGGUAUUUUGUGGAACUGAGGUAAAAAAACCAAAGCGAAAACAAUGUGAAAAACCUAAGGACGAGGGUUUUCCUUUAAGGCCUUCAUCUUCUGACAGAAAGGAGGAUCAGUCUGAUAAGAGAGAGCUUACCAAAAAUCAUUUUAAAGGUAUAGACUUAAGGACCACAACUGCCGGUUCAAGUAUUCAGAGAACCACCACAGUUCCCCUAGAGAAGUCUUCUCCAAAGCUUCAUGGUUAUUCCAGAAGCAUUAGGAGAGUCCCAGCUUCUAAAACUCCUAAGAAAACACAUUCAGAUACCAAAAAAGGGCACAAUAAAAGUUCAAAUUACAUAAGUUGUAGGACAACUCCUGCUGUAGUGCUACCAAAGAAGUUUCGCCAGUGUCCUGAACCAGCUUCCAAAGCUGAGAAACUUGGUCUGAAAAAGCGUACUCGUAGGGCAUGUGAGUUGUCUCAGCGAUCUUUAGACUGUAUAGUUCAAUUACGUGACCACGGCAAAACUGUUGGAGUAGUUGAUACCCGAAAAAAGACUAAACUAAUUUCUCCUCAGACUCCUGUCAAAAAUAAGAAACUGCUUAAGAGUCAAGGUUUUCAGUUGCAGAGGCAGGUGCGACCCAAAUCACAGCAAAAUAGACCAGGACUUUCUGAUGAGAGUAAGGUUACUACAGGAGCAGGGCCACGUGCAGCGUCGAGUGCUGACAUUUCUGUGCCCAGAUCAGACUGGUCAGGUUCCAGUAGUAAAGGAGGAUCUGAGGUAAUUGCUAACAGUAAUGGAAAACAAUUACCAAAACGUGUGUCUUUUGAACAGGAACCUAUGAAAGCAAAAUACGCUUCUCAGAGGACUGACAGCCCUCAUCAUUUGAACCAGUGUAAUUCUGUGGUGCUAAAUGGAAGAACAGCAACGAAUGAAAUAACUCUCUCUACUUCAGAGGACCCUUCAGGUGGAGGUGACCUAACUGUCCAUUUAGAGGUGGCAGCUUUGCAAAAGGGAGAGCCUGAGCCCAGGAGUGACGUGGAGGAAGAUAAAAUAUUUUUAACACAGUGUGACCCUGAAGACAUGGAUUUGUGUUCACAAAUGCAGAAUGAUAAUGAUAAACUCAUCGAAGUAGUUCAUGGACAAGAGACAGUUCAGGUUGAAGAUUUUCUCAGUUGGCCCCAGUUGGAGUCUUUGAGUGGCACAAAAUGUAAGUACAAAGAUUGUCUUGAAACUAUGAAAAACCAGGGCGAGUACUGCCCAAAACAUAUUGAAACUAAAGCAGCUGAUGAAGAUGUGUUUCGAAAACCUGCCUUGCCUCUGUCUGCAUUGAAACCAUUGAGACCUUCCACAACGAAGAUUUUUAGCUCAAGUACCACCUCACGAACUGCUCAUCUUUCCAGGUCUUUGGAAAAUGCCCCAACUAUAAAAAAUAAGACAAAUGGGGUCCACUCCGUUAUGAAAGCGCCACUGCCAGCCUGUGUGGUGUCUCAGAAACCAGUGGGUGAAAUGAAGAGUUUGUGCAACGUUCUUCGCUCUCCAACUCCAAGCAACUCCAACAGGCAAGGUUAUAAACUCCCGCUGGGUGAGAGGAAACCUUUCUCGGCUUGUCCAGUAAACAUUCUCUUUUCGUCGCAGUCCAUCUCUGAUGCCUUCAUUAAAGAGAUCUUAAAAUGGAAAUACGAAAUGUUCGUGAACUUCGAUCAGUGUGGGCCCCCAGCAGGUCUUUGUCAGGCCAUCUCAAGACCCGUGCCUAUCAGAUUUCAAGAUUAUGGAGAUUACUUUGAUGUGUUUUUCCCUUUGUUGAUACUGAAUACGUUUGAAACCGUGGCACAGGAGUGGAGCAGCUCUCCAAAUAAAGAAAAACUCCAUCAGCUGCGUUUACGAAAAUUCCCUGCAGAUUAUAAAAAAUACUGGGAGUUUGUGGUUUAUCUUGACGAAUCUGAACUAGCUAAACAGCUUCAUCCAAAGGAGAAUGAUUUGGUGUUUUUGGUUCUUGAAAGACUGAAUGGAGAGAAGAAGGACAUGAGGAGAAAUCCCCUGAAGGAGUCCCAGGCCUAUCACUGUGGUUAUAUUCACAAGUUCCGCCGCACUUCAGCCAUGCGUAAUGGAAAGUCUGAGUGUUCCCUUUUCAUCCAGAGUCAAGAUAACUUGCCAGUCAAUUUAAAUGAAUUUGUGAAAUGUAUUGUAAUCAGUUCUCUGGUAACUACACAAAGGAAGUUAAAAGCCAUGUGUUUGUUGAGUGGUCGGAACCAGCUGGCCAGAGCUAUCCUGAAUCCAAACCCCAUGGACUUCUGCACAAAAGAUUUACUGACUAAAACGUCGGACAGAAUUACUGCCGACUUGAAAGAUUUCAAUGAAGACCAAAAGAAAGCGAUGGAAACUGCAUAUGCUAUGGUGAAACACUCCCCGUCAGUUGCCAAGAUCUGUCUGAUUCAUGGACCACCUGGAACAGGAAAAUCGAAAACUAUUGUUGGCCUCCUCAGGUGCCUCCUGACAGAGAACCUGAGGAAAGGGCACUCCGAUGAAAACUCCAACGCCAAAAUCAAGCAAAACCGCGUACUUGUGUGUGCACCCUCCAAUGCAGCCGUUGAUGAACUGAUGAAAAAAAUCAUCGUUGAAUUCAAAGAAAACUGCAAAGACAAGAAUCAUCCUCUGGGAAACUGUGGAGAUAUAAAUUUAGUACGUCUGGGCGCAGAAAAGUCUAUUAAUAGUGAAGUCCUAAAAUUCAGUUUGGACCACCAAGUAGACCACAGAAUGAAAAAAGAAUUACCUUCUCAUGUUCAAGAGAUGCAUAGAAGAAAGGAAUAUUUAGACCACCAACUAGAUGAACUUUCCCGCCAGCGUGCUCUAUGCCGAGGAGGAAGGGAAAUACAGCCAUUUCUUCUGCAGGAGAAGACGAGUGCCACCAUCUCUGGGUUCUGGCAUCCCAGCUUAGAAAACGCCGAGAGGCAAGAAUUUGAUGAAAAAAUUGCCGAAGUUUCAAAAGAAAGGCAGGAACUUGCUUCUAAAAUUAAAGAGGUUCAAGGACGCCCGCAGAAAACACAGAACAUCAUCAUCUUAGAGUCCCAUGUCAUCUGUUGCACAUUGAGCACGAGUGGGGGUUUACUGCUUGAGUCUGCUUUUCGGGGGCAAGGAGGUGUCCCCUUCAGUUGUGUCAUUGUUGAUGAGGCCGGGCAGUCUUGUGAAGUUGAAACUCUUACCCCACUCAUCCAUCGUUGUAACAAGCUUGUCCUGGUAGGAGACCCCAAGCAGCUCCCUCCCACAGUUAUUUCUCUGCAGAAGGCGCAGGAGUACGGCUAUGACCAGUCGAUGAUGGCCCGCUUCUACAAGCUGCUGGAAGACAACGUCGAGCGCAAUAUGAGCGGCAGGCUGCCUGUGGUCCAGCUCAGCAUCCAGUACCGAAUGCACCCGGACAUCUGUCUCUUCCCUUCUACUUACAUUUAUAACAAAAGCCUGAAAACCGAUAGGAUGACUGAGACCAAGCGGUGUUCAUCAGAUUGGCUGUUUCAACCCUACCUUGUGUUUGAUGUUGGAGAUGGUUCAGAAAGACGGGAUAAUGACUCAUAUGUAAACGUUCAAGAAAUAAAACUGGUAAUGGAGAUAAUUAAACUUAUUAAAGAAAAAAAAAAAAAGGAUACUACUUUCCGAAGCAUUGGUAUAAUUACCCAUUAUAAGGCUCAGAAGAUGAUGAUUCAGAAGGAGUUGGACAAAGAAUUUGAUGGGAAAAGGUUAGCAGAAGUAGAUACUGUGGAUGCAUUCCAGGGUCGUCAAAAAAAUUGUGUCAUUGUUACAUGUGUCAGAGCAAAUGCCAUGCAAGGCUCAAUCGGAUUUCUGGCAAGUUUGCAGAGAUUGAAUGUCACCAUUACACGGGCCAAGUACAGCCUCUUCAUCCUCGGACAUUUGAGGACCCUGAUGGAGAAUCAGCAUUGGAACCACCUGAUUCAGGAUGCGCAGAGGCGUGGGGCCAUUAUCAAGACCUGCGACAAAAGCUAUAAGCACGACGCCACGAAGAUUCUGAAGCUGAGGCCCAUACUCCAGAGAAGCCUGACUCACCCGCCCACCACAGCCCCAGAAGUGCCCAGGUCCCCGGGCGGCUUGCCCGGCAACAAGCCAGACGCUGAACUUGCUAAGACAUCUUUUACUUCCCUGUGCCACACACCCUCGGACUCCAAGGAAGCCGCUGUCACUGCUGCUGCAAAGGACCCAGAAAGGCCUCCUGCUAAGGACCAGCUCCGGGACCCACGGCUGCUGAGGAGGCUGGGCCUCAGCCCCGAAGCCCCAGUGAGGUGCCUCAGGGAUCCACAGCCGUCGAGCCCCCAGUGUCCGGCAGGACCACCGCCCUUGGGAGAGACGGGCUUCCCCGUGAGCCCCCAGGCUCUGGGCAGCCUCGUGGAGCCGCCCACGGCCCCAGGGAGCAGCCACAGGCCUCCCGGGCCCUGUGAACCUCCAGCUGUUAGCACGGAGACCGCCACAGACCCAAGAAAAUGUGACCAGGCAGGGGAGCCCAGCCACCGAAGAGACACUCGGGCUGUCAGUGAGGGGGACCGGGAGCGGUGGAGCCAGCCCCCCAAGAGGAACUCGGGCUGGGACAGCGAGGCCCCGGACGAGGAGGACAGCAGUAGUUCAAAGAAAAGAAAGCUUUUGUAGGUGACGUGGCCUGUCGGCCACAAGCAUUGUGCAAAUGAAGCUGACCGGCUACUAGCACUGUCCAGACAUGAUGAUUUUCUUCUUAAAGGAGUUUGUGUGCUGUUGGAAAACAUGGGGAUUGUGUCCAAACCCCGGGGCCUGUUGGUCGUCUCUUUAGUAUUUUUUCCCCCUUAAAUCAGUUGCAGAAACUCAGGGGCGUAAAGGCCGGGAGUGCCAGACAUACACUGUGGAUCUCUCGUUCUCCUGUGGCAGGUCAGACCCAAGUGAAUGUUUAAAAGUUGGAAUGUAUAUUUGUAUAGCACAUAACAAAAUCGUUUUCACAUUUAAUCUAGUAAACUGCUAUUCUUUCCCCUCCUUAAAAUAUUAAUCAUUUUCACCAUAACAAACUUUAUAUUUAAAAAGACAAAACCAGGAGGAAGACACGUCCUUCCAGCCAUUGUUACGGCGAGACAGGUCUCUGACAGCCCAGUCACCGGGCGGCUCAGACAUCUCUAUUUCCAUUUAAGAAAACAACGGAGUGUCCUGGGGAGUCAGAAGCAGUUAUAUUAGGUCAAGUUCUGCAGGUGCACUUAGACAAGGCACCUUGGCAACGGGCUAGCGUGUCCAUCUACCUGUUGUAGUAAGCCUGUCAUUCUCUAGCUACACUUCUCACUCUUCUUAAAACAAAGGCUGUGAAAUGAAGGAGUAGCUCUUGAAUUCUCACUCAUGCCCCCAGCAAGUUGUAAGCUUCCUGUAACUGGCGGGUGACUAAGCAGCCCAGCGGUUGCCCCUGCUGGCUGUGUACGAACCACCUCGGUUUGCUUGUGCAAGCUGCCCCCUGGCGGGAGGACCCAGCUCAUCCAUUAGUUCUAGGUACAGCCUGGUCAGUGCCACGUUAACACCUUCCCAAGGGAUUCUGGCCACCAGGCAGCUUGGGAACCAGGAGGGCAGGCAGACGUCGGAUUGUAGGCAGGAAAGAAACACCCUUGGAAAAGAGAAGGGCGAGUGCUUAGAGCUCAGCACCUGGCAGAGAGCUGACAGGCUUCCUGUGGUCUCUGGAAACCAUCUUACCUGAUGGGAACACUGCUGUUCUCGAGGGACCUGUGCUUGUGUGAAGGGAGCGUGGCCGUGCUGAGCGCGGCUGUCAGAUGUGGACGAGGGAGGCGCUGCCGUCGCAGAGUCCACUUCUCCAGAUGCGCGCACAGUGCAUGCCAGGUGUGGCGGGCGUGCGCGCACGUGAGUGACAGUGGCAGAACCAGCGCUGGUGAAGGCUGUGCAGCCCACGAGCUACCCCGAAGGUCAACAUGUGCCACGUGAAAUUUCCUUUGUCCUUUGCUUUUUGAGCAAAAAGAGCUUGUGUUAGUCAGAAACCCUAAUGUAAGUAGAUGAGGAAGAGCUCGUAAAAACAGUGUCUGGCGGCCAACAGUUUAAACGUCCUACUUCAAUGCCCGUGUCCCUCUCACUGCUGCUGAGGGAGCGCGUGUGUCACGCGUGUUGGUGGGUGGAGACUUGGUCCGUGGCCACGUUAUCUGAGGAAGCACGGGUCAAGGUCCCACAAGCUUCCUGCGUGUGCCUCGGGCAGGAAAGCUCAUUCAUUGUUACUUUCAGUUUACUUUCCUGCUCUCGGUAAAAUGCUCAGUUUAGCAGAUACUUGGAGUGGUGACAGUGUAGUCUAAAAACUCUUAAGUCUGUGAAGGAGGCGUGACAGAAGCAGUUGGCGUCAGGCCUUUCUCCCACUCCGCUCAUACAACACCCGAGCAGUCUUAUUGCCAGUUAAGUUCGAUGCCCGUUCUCACUCGUUCUGUUCACCCUUUGGUUCACCUGGUCUGAUGAUGCAAGAAGUAGGAGGAGCCCUGCAAACCCUGUCUCAGGAGCAAGCCUGCCCCCACAGCCUCUCCCAGUAGAAUUCAGGCAUAUCUGACCUUGCACUUGAAACUGUUUGUUGUUCCGGUUGGUAAAAGUAUUUACGUAAAGCAUUACAUACAUAAAUGUGGCAUUUCUUGACGUGGCUGUCAUAGCAGUGUCGUUGAUUGGUAGUUAAUCCUGCUGUAAGGUGACAAAUGGCGGUUGGCUUCAUCCGUGCCGUGGCAUUGGAAAAAAGUGCCCUGUCUUCUUUCAAUGUUAGUUCUUCCAACAUGAAUAUAUUCUACUUAUUUUUGCUUCUUUGUAUAUGAUUUGCCUUGGAUUUAUUGUGUACGGUUUAUUUCGCUAUGUUCUCAUGUAUAAUCAGGAGCACAUUAGAUAAGUACAUGUGAACAUUCUGCAAAUGUUUUGUAACAAAAAUAUACUAAACUAUUUUCUA